UCUCUCGUCUUCCUCUCCAAGCAUUCCCUUCUUCCUUCUUCCCCACUCAGGGCUUAUUCGGUUAUUCCCAAUACACAUAGAUUGGAUUGGAUGAGAUUAGAAAAAAUUAAGAAGAAGUUUGACUUGUUUGGGAUUCAAACCCAUCUAAUCCCUCUCAAUCCACCUCUAACCGAACAGGGCCUCAGAGGGGUCCGAUCCUCGUCCCUGUUCCACUCUGGAUCCUGCAACCUCCUACCCCUACGACACUCGUCUUCGUCGCCAGCGCGCCACCAUGAACAUUGACUUCUAGCACCUGCUUGACGAAAUGUCCAAGCGCUUCGGCGGCUAGGAUGCGAAGUUGACACAACGCCUCUCCGACUAUGACGUCAAGCAGCAGCAGCGCCUUCUAGAUCGUGAUCUGGAACUCGAGCGUCGUAUGGCGGAUCUCGAUGCAUGGAUGGAUGGCAAGUUGGCUUCGCUCUCCACGGCCUCCACGGCCAAUGAGACGUGCUUGUCGCAGCUCGAGUCGGCUGUCAUCUCCUUCGAUGAUUGGCGUCCUAGCAUGGAGGGUUUCGUCGAUGACAUCCGUCUUCACGUCUCCAAGUUGUCCAAGCUCUACGAACGGUCGGCAGUGGAGCACCCGACCAUCAUGACUGGUGUGCUCGCUCUGGCUCCCUCUCCGGUCGCGCGCCCAUCUGCUGCUGCCUCCACGGCCGCCCGACCCGACGGGCACUACCUGAAUCCAUCAAUCCGGGAUGAUGGUUGCGGAGUUGUCACAACUCUCGAUCAUCACCCGACAAAGGGUGUGUCAUCCCCAUCUCACCCCCAUGUGUUUGCCUCUCCUACUUUCCAUCGUUCGAGAUCCGAGUUUAGGGAACCUGUGGGUGGGAGUUUGGCUGGUUUAUCUGAUCAUUUACCUAAAAUGCCGUUUCCUACGUUCGAUGGGGAUCAACCCAAGUUAUGGAUCCGUAGAUGUGAGGAUUACUUUGAUCUGUAUAGUGUUGAUCCAACGCGGUGGGUGAGGGUCUCAUCUAUGCAUUUCACUACUGCUACAUCUCGCUGGGUGCAAACUGUUCAGAGCCAUCUUAGAUCCUGUUCGUGGUCAGAGUUAUGUGGUUGGGUUUUGGUUCGAUUUGGCCGUGAUCAUCACGAAUUGUUGAUCCGUCAGUUGUUCCACAUUCGGCAAACUUCAUCGGUGUCUAAGUACAUCGAUAGUUUCUCCUCCCUUGUUGAUCAAUUGACAGCUUAAGGAUCUCACACAGACCCCUUUAUUUGACCAUGCACUUUAUUGAUGGUUUGCGAGAUGAUAUUAAUAAGUCUGCUGUUUUGGUUCAACAUCCAUUUCUUGGGAAUCUGCCUGCGUGUUGGCUCAAUUGCAGGAGGAGGUGUUAGAGUACGGGAAGAGGCCACCGACCCGGCGACCUGAUCCCUUCUAGAUGACUUGGUUAGCACCACCAGCUCCUCUUCCACUUCCACCACCCCCGUGGAAAGGAGAGAAACAGACAACUAAGGGCGAGGACCGUCGGGGCACUAACUCAAAGAAUUUGGAGGACAAGUGGUCCACCCUUUGGGCUUAUCGGCGUGCAAGGGGGCUUUGUAUUAAGUGUGUAGAUAAAUGGUUCAACUCAACGAUGUGCUGUUUCGGUUCAACUCAACGUUGUGCAGGAGAUCUUUGAACUGUUUCAGUGGGAUUCUGAUGCUCAAUCGGAAGGGAAUGACCCAAUCCAACCUUCAGAGCAGAUAUUUAUGUUUGUGUCUGUGGCUGUUGUGUCUGGAAUGCUAGGUCCACGUACAUUUUGUCUGGAUGGUAUUAUUCAUCACCAAGCUGUUUGAAUCCUGGUGGACUCCGACAGUUCUCAUUCCUUCUUGAGAACGAAAUUGGCCACUCAGCUUCAAGGCGUUGUUUCUCUAUCGGUUCC